AUGGUUGAAUACAAUUUCAAGAAGAUAACUGUCGUCCCAAAUGGGAAGGCCUUCAUCGACAUCAUUCUGUCUCGAACGCAACGGACUACACCAACAGUUGUCCACAAGGGAUAUGCUAUCUCCCGCCUUCGCCAGUUCUACAUGCGCAAGGUCAAGUACACCCAAUCAAAUUUUCAUGACAAGCUCCAGAAAAUUAUCGACGAUUUCCCUCGGCUGGGUGAUAUCCAUCCUUUCUAUGGUGACCUUCUCCAUGUCCUGUACAACAAGGACCAUUACAAGCUUGCCCUUGGCCAGGUCAACACAGCCAAAAACCUCAUCAGCAAGAUAUCCCAGGACUAUGUCAAGCUCUUGAAAUAUGGUGACUCGCUUUACAGGUGCAAGUCGUUGAAAGUUGCUGCACUUGGACGCAUGUGCACUGUGAUCAAGAGAAUUGGGCCGAGCUUGGCUUACCUCGAACAGGUCCGGCAGCAUAUGGCGAGGCUUCCUUCAAUUGACCCAAAUAACCGAACCAUCUUGAUUUGUGGGUACCCUAAUGUCGGCAAGAGCUCAUUCAUGAACAAGAUCACUAGGGCUGAUGUGGAUGUCCAGUCAUAUGCUUUCACCACCAAGUCGCUCUUUGUGGGUCAUACCGACUACAAGUAUUUGAGAUACCAGGUGAUUGAUACACCUGGGAUCUUGGACAGGCCGUUUGAGGAUAGGAACAUCAUCGAGAUGUGCAGCAUUACAGCUCUAGCUCAUCUUCGAGCUGCUAUCUUGUUUUUCUUGGACCUCUCAGGUUCAUGUGGCUAUAGCAUUGUGCAACAGGCAGCAUUAUUCCACAGCAUCAAGGAGUUAUUCUCGAACAAGCCUUUGAUCAUUGUCUGCAACAAAACUGAUUUGCAGCCGCUGGAAGGGUUGAAUGAAGGGGACAAGAAGCUUGUGAUGGAGAUGAAAUCUGAAGCAUCAAAGAGUCAAGGAGGUGAAGCUGCUUCUGCAGAUGAUUUCCUUCUGACCAUGAGCACAUUGACCGAGGAAGGCGUGAUGGCUGUGAAGAAUGCAGCUUGUGAGAGGCUCCUAGAUCAGCGAGUCGAAAAGAAAAUGAAAUCCAAGAAGAUGAAUGACUGCUUGAAUCGCUUCCAUGUUGCAAUGCCAAAGCCACGUGACCAAAAGGAAAGACCUGCUUGUAUCCCCCAGGCUGUUUUGGAAGCCAAAGCUUUGGAGGCAGCUCAGAAGGAGGGAAGAAAAACCGAGAAGGAUAUUGAAAACGAGAAUGGUGGUGCAGGUGUUUACUCGGCUAGCUUGAGGAAGCACCACAUAUUGGCGAAUGAGGAAUGGAAGGAAGACAUAUUGCCGGAGUUCCUCGACGGCCAUAAUGUGUACGACUUUGUCGACCCCGAUAUCCUGCUGAGGCUCGAGGAGUUGGAACGUGAAGAAGGGGUUCGGCAAGCUGAAGCAGAAGAUGGUGAUGAAGAUUUUGAGAUGGAUGGCGAAGAUUUGACACCGGAAGAGAGAGAAGCGCUGCAAGCAAUCAAGAAGAAGAAGAUUCUGCUCAUCCAAGAGCAUAGGAUCAAGAAAAGCACUGCAGAAAGUCGGCCCACUGUUCCUAGGAAAUUUGACAAAGAGAGGAAGUUCACUUCUGAGAGAAUGGGCAGGCAGCUAUCAAGCUUGGGGAUCGAUCCUUCUCGAGCUAUCGAACGUGCUAGAAGCAGGUCGGUUUCCAGGAAAGGCCGGAAGAGAGAGAGGUCUGUUGAUAGGGAUGGUGAGGAUGGUAUGGAGAUUGAUGGUGGUUCAAGUAACAAGAAGCUGAGGCUGAGAUCGAUGUCAAGAUCGAGAUCGGUGUCUCGACCUUUUGGUGAGGUUGUUCCUGGAGAAGGAUUCAGAGAUUCUGCUCAGAAGAUGAAAGCUAUUACUAUGGCUAGGAAUGCUAGUAAGAAGAGGAAUAAGGAUGCUCGUCGUGGUGAGGCGGAUAGAGUCAUCCCGACUCUUCGACCUAAGCAUUUGUUCUCUGGGAAACGCUCCAUUGGGAAGACGGAUCGUCGUUGA